UUAUGUAACCAUACGUUACUUUUAUUCGAUGAAGUUUGCCUUGUGAAUAUUUAUUGUUUAAGGUUUUAUGUAGAAACAUCAUGCCUCUAAGAUGGAUAUUCCGAAUGUUUCGACCGAAAAAUGUUGAAGAAGCUGCAUUGUUUAAACUACGUUUUUCAAUGCUAUAUGCUUUUAUAGGAUGGAACUUUGGUGCUAUUGCUUUGUACACGAUUUACCGGGAACACAUACCUGCAGAUAAAGAUGCGCAAAGGGCGGCAUUGUUAGAAAGAUUAUCUAGAAAAAGAGAUAUACGCUACAUACGGGUAGACAAAACGUCUGUGGUAGAAGACAGAAUUAUCCCAAAAUCUGGAGACACUUCCAGAUUGACAACAUUAGAAACGAAAGAAGAUGUGUGAACAAUAUAUAGCAUAAUGAUAGUUUAGUAUUUAAAAUUUAAGCUAGUUUAUUGAUUAAUACAUAUUAAAAUAGAUUAAAAAAAAAUUAAA